AUAGUCAACGAAUCACUUUUCUCCACCUGAAGAUAACUAAAAUGGAGGCUAUGCGGUGUAUUUUAUUUUUUAUCACUGUCACAACAAGUAUUUACGCUCUACCUAAAUCAAAAGAGUUGCACCUCAACGAUAGGGUUCAAUCGCUAUUAGAUUGGAGCAAUCGAAGACCAGUUAUUAGGCUAGAUGGAAACAAAUUUCGUCAAUAUGUACGACAAGGACCUAGGAACUAUUCCGUAGUUUUGAUGCUUACUGCUUUGGCUUCUGAACGCCAAUGCUCUGUCUGCAGACAUGCUAAUGAUGAAUUCCUAAUUGUUGCCAACUCUUGGAGAUAUAGUCAAGCCUACUCAUCAAGGAUUUUCUUUGCUAUGGUUGAUUAUGAUGAAGGAGCUGACGUAUUUACAUCUUUAAAACUUAACUCUGCCCCAACUUUCAUGCACUUUCCUCCCAAAGGAAAGUCUAAGAAAGGUGACACCAUGGAUUUAAAUAGAGUUGGAUUCGCAGCUGAACAGAUAGCAAGAUGGGUUCAAGAGCGAACAGACGUUCACAUUAGAGUCUUCAGACCGCCUAGUUAUUCCGGAACUCUUGCUUUAGCUUUACUCUUUUCUCUGAUUGGUGGCCUCUUAUAUUUAAAGAGAAAUAGUUUGGACUUUUUAUACAACAGAAACUCGUGGGGGAUUGCUGCUCUUUCAAUUAUAUUCGCAAUGAUUUCUGGUCAAAUGUGGAAUCAUAUAAGAGGACCUCCUUUCUUACACAGUAAUCCUCAAACUGGUCAAACACUCUUCAUUCACUCUAGCAGUCAAGCUCAAUUUAUUAUCGAAACCUACAUCGUUAUCGUAUUAUGUAUCCUUCUCACAUUUGUUAUGCGUAUAGCUGCCAUAUUUUUAGGAUGCUAG